AUAUAAGGAGAGGUAUUUGAGAUUGGUAUCGCAAAAACGCAAUCCUUCCAGAUAAUACUCACCAGGCAGGAAAUACAUCUUUUGUGUGUGUAUAUAAGUCACUUUUAUUUCUCAGCACUCAGAUUUCUUCCAGAAAGCUGCUGGCGAGUCCAUCGCCAUCAGAUCACGAAACAGAGGGAUCCACAUACAAGCAUCCGAUGAUGAGUGUCUAUGGGGUUCUUCUGCUUCUUUUUUUAGUUGAGAUCACUUACGAAGGAAGUGGCGCAUCAGUAACAACUUCAUCAACGACUGCUUACACUCUGGGGUCAGAACUUCUCUACCCCUAUGGAUCAGAGGUUGACAAACUCAGUCCACCGGAUGAUGAUGGAGGGCCACCACUACAAACCCUAACUCUCAAUGUUCCCUUCUUUGGAGAGAUGUACUCUUCGUUCUAUAUGAACAACAACGGAUUUCUGUCACUCAAAGUUAACAUCACAGAUUACAGGCCCCCAAGUCAAACUGUGAACUACCCCUUCUUGGCUCCCUUUUGGUCUGAUGUGGAUAACUCCCAAGAGGGUUCAAUCUACUAUCGCCAGACCAACGACAGCGACCUUCUAGUCUGGGCGACAUCACAGCUUAAAACUUAUUUUCGUCUCUACAAAUUUAACGCUACGUGGAUUUUUGUGGCAACAUGGGAAAAGGUUAUGUUUCACGGAGCGAAGACUAAUCAGAGGAACACUUUUCAAGUUGUCCUGAUCUCUGAUGGGAAACUCACAUUUGCACUCUUUAAUUAUAUGGCCCUGCUUUGGCCAGGUUACCUGAGUGAUCCCUUUGCAUUGGCUUCUCUAAACAAUGGGACAAGUAACUACACACUUCCCGGGUCUCUAACAAAUUCCAUGACUAAUCUAGUGACAGGCUCCAAUGUAAAUGUAACCGGCCGCUGGGCUUUCAACAUCGAUUCAAUUACAAUUUAUUUUACUGAAACGUUCAUUGGUAAGUGCAACGAGAUCGUAACUCAUCAUUUUACAAAAAUUAACAUACUCAUGGCAAAUACAUCACAUUUACAUUUGUACACUUUUCAUUAGCUUAUAUAUUUUCUUUUUUUAAAAAGUAUUUACUUUUUUUAUUUUUAUAAGCUAAGAACUUUUGGCUGGUGUU